AUGUCGGAAGUUUUACUUCUUUUCGACGUUGAAAGAGAAAAUACAGUGUGUUCACUCUUCGGAGUGAACACGGCAUCGUCCCUAACAGCUUUACGAGCUGCAGUAACAGAUCAAGUUUCUGAGUUAAUUCCAGAACAUUUUCUGUUUGCACGGGAUGCGACACAACAAAUCCCAAAAUCUGCAGAAGAUUUCGUAAUUAUUAAUAGCAUUACAUCACGAGAAGUGUUGGAAACCUCACGGUAAAAUUCUCUGACAUCAGCUCCUAUAGUAGUGAUAAAGAAGCUGCAACUGAAAGCGGAAAUUUUGUGUCAAAUGACGGAACCAAGUUUAGCGACAAUUGUAGUCAACAAGAAUGCUUUGAACGCAACAGAGAUAAAACUUCCGUUAAGGUUACAGGACACCUUUUUUGGCGUUUUGCGGAAAAUCGCUACUGCGCGCUCAAUAUCAGUCCGAUUUUCAUCAAAUUUUCACCAAAUGUUCUCCAGUGCAUGCAAAAUAUGGUAAAGGUGUAAAAUUAACAAACAAUAAAAUAAUGUAAGAAUUAUUCAGGAAAAUCUUAAAUCGCGGUACCGUUACGCUUUUGAGUUAUGUUCCUGCUGGUUUUAAGUUAUAUUUAUGAAAAUAUCAUUUUUAUACAGUAAAAUAGUUGUUCUAAAAAAUGGUGUUCGGAAAUUUUUGUUUAUUUCGUCAUUCCGCUGAUAUGGCGAUUUCUUUGACAACUGCAAUAUAUUUCUGAAUUGUUUUAGUAAAUUGCUCUUUAUUUUUAAAAUAUCCAACAUUAAAAAAAAGCCGAACACGAUUUUGAAACUGACGUCUUUAGCUAUGUCCUGUGAAAAUUUGAGAAAAAUUGGUUAAAACCCGCGGGAGCAUAACUCGUUUGAAAAUCAGUAAUUACCGUAAAAUUUUUCGGGAGAAAAUUGAAUUUGAAUAUUACAUUUUCAAUGUUUUUCUUAUUGCAGCGAAAUGUAUUUUAUUAAAUAACUCUGCGAGUUUUCAACAUUUUCCGUUCAAAGUUGGUCAGAUAGUAGAACUAGUCUAAUGCUUUCAUGGAAACCAAUAAAAAUUUUUUAGGGAAAAUUAACACUCAAAGGUGUUCUGUAACCUUAACCAGGCUCUUAAAUCACCUACCUCUUGGUCGAUCAGAGGAGUUAUAGUCUUCACAAAUGACGAAAUCGAGAACGCUGUUGGAAGAGAGAAACAGAGGCGAACAUUUUGGAAUCAAAAAGCUAAACAGCUAUCAAAAACGCUGCUGCCAAAAGCCAAGAUAUACGAGAAAAUCCACGCUGACUGGCGGCUUCAAAAGUCUGAAAAUUUGCUUCAACAAGGACGUGCAGAUGUCGAACUUGCUAACAACACCGGGAACGGUUCUCCAUCCACUUCCUCAAAGACAAAGGCGAAGGUCAAAAAGGGGACUUUGCAGAACAACAUCGCACGUGUGAAAAUGUACAAAGCCGAAUAUACCAAGCUGUCGAACGAGGUGAAAGAGUUAUUAGUGGGAAAACCGACUGAGAAUGUCAAAACGUUGAGACAUCCCAGGGCAAGGCUAGAUUUAUCUAAAAGCAACCUGAAAAAGGCACAGGACGCUAUGAGAAAAACUCAGGACGCUAUGAGAAAAAAGUAUCAUAAAACUUACAAUGACGUUUCAAGAUUAUUGAGACUCACUAUCUCGUAUAUUGUAAGAGACUAA